GGCGCACACAUGAAUUGCAUCCCACUAAAGAUCAUUCAAUCAUAUCAACCAAAUUUCAAACAAGCUCAAAAAUUGUCUGACAAAAUUUUCCAACAAACCCAGAAAUCUCAUUCCCGUUACAUCAAGUUAGGGAUUUCCCUAGCUGAAUCGGACCUUAUCAGCUCUUACUGCCAACGGGAUUCAUUCUCAGAAGCUCGUAAGUUGUUCGAAGAAACGCCUGACUGGGACAUUGUUUCAGCAACAAAGGUUAUCGGUCAGUUUGUGAAAAAAGAUCGUCAUAAAGAUGCAAUUAGUCUCUUUUCAAGUUUGCUUAAAUUCAACUGUACACCUACUCAGUACACUUUCGGAACGGUAAUUCAUUCUUCUAUCGCGUUACGAAAUCUUUGUAUUGGUGAGCAAUUCCAUGCUUGUGCCUUGAAGUUAGGUCUUAAUGCGAAUGUUUUUGUUGGAAGUUCGAUUCUUAAUCUUUAUGUGAAGUUAAGUACCAUAGAAAAUGCUAGUAAAGCUUUUGAUGAUACAAAUGAACCAAAUGUAAUUUCUUAUACUACUUUGGUAUGUGGGUACUUGAAAAACAAGAGAUGUGAAGAUGCUUUACAGGUUUUUCAAGAUAUGCCUGAAAAAAAUGUUGUUUCUUGGAACGCAAUGAUUGGCGGGUAUAGUCAGACCGGUAAUACCGAAGAAGCUGUAAAUCUGUUUGUUAAGAUGCGUAGAGAAGGAUCAUUACUGCCUGUUCGUUCGACGUUUCCUUGUGUUUUUAGUGCAGCAGCUAAUAUAGCAGCUCUUGAUAUGGGUAAGAGUUUUCAUGCUUGUGCUCUGAAGAUUUUGGGUUCUUCUUGUGGUGUUUUUGUUAGUAAUUCGCUGAUAAGUUUUUAUGCGAAAUGCGGGGCAAUGGAAGAUAGUCUUUUGAUAUUCAGUAAACUUCAGCAGAAAAAUGUUGUUUCUUGGAAUGCUAUGAUUUGCGGGUAUGCACAGAAUGGGAGAGGAAAAGAAGCAUUGGAGUUCUUCGAAAAGAUGAAAACUUCUGGUUUUAGACCUAAUAGUGUAACUCUUUUGUGUGUAUUGUUAGCUUGUGAUCAUACUGGUCUAGUUGAUGAAGCUUUUAGGCAUUUCAAUUUAGCGAAAGCUGAAGACCCUAACCCGCUAAAUCCCGAACACUACGCGUGUAUGGUUGAUUUACUGUCUCGGUGCGGGCGCUUCAGUGAAGCAGAAACUUUCCUUAAGGAUCUACCUUUUGAUCCAGGAAUUGGAUUUUGGAAAUCAUUGCUUGGAGGAUGCCAAAUACACUCGAAUUUGGAACUUGCAGAUUAUGCAGCUAGACGGAUUCAUAAUUUGGAUCCGAAAGAUUCAUCAUCCUAUGUUAUGAUUUCUAAUGCCAAUUCUGCAGCUGGUAGAUGGAGCAAUUCAUCAAUAAUCAGGACAGAGAUGAAAGAAAAAGGAAUGACAAUAACUCCUGGAUGCAGUUGGAUUGAAGCCAAUGGUAAGGUUCACGUUUUUGUCACCAGCGACAAGAGACAUGCUCAGAAGGAUGAGAUUUAUUUGAUGCUGAGAAACCUUUUGGAACAUAUGAAGGGAGACCACGACAUAUAAACUGCCUGCUAGAAAUUUGUUCCAGUGAGGCAACACAGUCUGGCAGUACAGGAAAACCAUAACGUUCCGUUUAUGCAAUCAAUUGAUUUCAAUUUAGAUUACUAAAGAAUCAAGAGAUUUAACAAAGGUGAUUUUACAGAAUUAUGUUGCAGCCUAAAUAUCUCAACUUUGAUUCUUCAGAUCAUACAAAAUUUGGAAACGAAAAUGCACAGUAACAAAAUUGGAAGAUUUUAUUAGAUAAAUACAGUACAUUUUGUGCAUACACAAGUAUGAAAAAGAAAACAAUCACCAUGAGAAGGGGCUUGC